AUGGCAUUUGAAAUCGGAAAGGCGGCGUUUAACGUAAAUGAUAAACCUUGGGAUUGGGAAGAGGUAGGCGGCAACGCUCGUAAUUGGGAUAAAUUUGAANUGGAGCAUGGUUACCAGUGUGAGGCCUGUCCCCCGGGUUUCAGGGGGGAUGCAGUCAGGGGAGUGGGACUGGAGUUUGCUAAAAACAAUAAACAGGUGUGUGUUGAUAUUGAUGAGUGUGUGGAAGGGGACCCGUGUGACCCUCUGACACGCUGUGUUAACAAAUCCCCGGGGUACGAAUGUGAAGCGUGUCCUCCAGGCUACCGAGGGGACGCUGUCUCUGGAAUUGGACUCGAGUUUGCUAAAAAUAACAAACAGGUUUGUGUUGAUAUUGAUGAGUGCCUGGAAGCCUCUCCCUGCGAUACGUUAACACGCUGUACUAACCUGAUGGGCGGGUACGAGUGCAGUGCAUGCCCACCUGGCUUUUCAGGAGAUGCCGUCAGCGGGGCGGGGCUGGAGUUUGCCAGUGCCAACAAACAGGUGUGCGCUGACAUCAAUGAGUGUGAAGACGGUAACAACGGCGGGUGCACUCUCCAUUCUGAAUGUAUCAACACGAUUGGGUCUUAUGAAUGUGGAGAAUGCGAAGAAGGUUUCGUUGGUAACCAGACGUACGGUUGUGUUAAAUACUGCGACGACAAAAAGACAGUAUGUCACUCUAAGGCCAAGUGUGUCAGGAAACAGACCGGAGAAGACGGCUACCUGUGUGAGUGUGGAAUUGGCUGGGCAGGCAAUGGUGAAAUCUGCGGAAGAGACAAAGAUUUAGAUAAUAGACCAGAUGAAGAACUGCCAUGUCCUGAAAAAACGUGUAGAAAAGAUAACUGUCCAAAUGUCCCAAAUGGUGGCCAAACAGACUCCGACGGUGAUGGUUUGGGGGAUGCCUGUGAUCCAGACAUUGACAAUGACGGAAUACCAAACAGGCCGGACAAUUGCCCACUUCAUUAUAACCCUGGACAAGAGGAGACACACGACAAAGACAACAAGGGUGAUCCUUGUGACAACUGCCCGCUAACAGCUAACACGGACCAAGGGGAUGCAGACAAGGAUGGGCAAGGAGACGCAUGUGAUCCGGAUGCUGACAACGACGGUAUCCCUAAUGAACCAGAUAACUGUUGGCUGACUCCCAACACUGACCAAGUGGACACUGACGGUGAUGGUAUCGGGGACGCUUGUGAUAACUGCCCAACGGUCAAAAACCCAGAACAGAAAGACAAGGACAGCGACCAGGUGGGCGAUGCCUGCGACAAUAAUGAGGACAGGGACCGGGACGGCAUUCAAGAUAGCAAUGACAACUGCCCCGACGUGCCAAACGCAGAUCAAACAGAUUCUGAUAAAGAUGGAAUAGGUGACAUAUGUGAUGAUGAUGAUGAUAAUGACGGCGUCCCUGAUGUGGAAGACAACUGUCGACUGACCCCCAACCCCGACCAGCUUGAUGAAGUAGAAGUAUUUGGUCGCGGAGACGUGUGUGAGAACGACAGGGAUAAUGACACUAUCCCAGAUGACGUUGACGCCUGCCCGGACAACAGUGAAAUCCAGGCCACCGACUUCAGGGAAUAUUUCACAGUGGUACUGGAUCCUUUCGGGGAAUCCCAAAUCGAUCCACACUGGGUUAUUCUGAACGAGGGUGCUGAAAUAUUGCAAAGUAUGAACAGUGACCCUGGCCUGGCUGUCGGCUAUACUGCAUUCAGUGGUGUUGACUUCAGUGGUACUUUCUUCGUCAAUACAGAGAUUGAUGAUGAUUAUGCCGGGUUCGUGUUUAGUUACCAGGAUAGCAGCAGCUUUUACGUUGUCAUGUGGAAAAAACGAAGACAGACCUACUGGAAGGCCACACCGUUCCGCGCAGUGGCGGAUCCUGGAAUACAGCUGAAGGUUGUUAAGUCUUCCACGGGGCCAGGUGAAAUCAUGAGGAACGCUAUGUGGCACACUGGAAAUACUACCAACGAGGUAAAACUUCUGUGGAAGGAUCCACGUGAUAUUGGCUGGAAGGAGAAGGUGCCUUACAGGUGGGAGCUGCUCCACAGGCCGUCUGUUGGCUUGAUCAGGGUCCUUUUGUACGAAGAGACAACGCUGGUGGCCGACUCCGGUUAUAUUAUCGACACCACACUCCGCGGCGGACGUUUAGGAGUGUUCAUAUUUUCACAAGAAAAUGUCAUCUGGUCUGACUUGGUGUACAGAUGUAACGAAGCACUACCGCCAGGCUUCGAUCCCAACUCCGGGAAAGUUCCUAAGUUCGAGCCAGGAACUUCAAUUAUCGGCGGUCAGAACUUCAGAGCCAGAAUACCCGAUGCCGCCAUCAAUCCUCCGUCUAACAUCCCUCAGUCCAAACCACAGCCCGAGGGUGAGGAGGGAGCGUACGACUACGGUGACUAUGGAGAAGGGGACGACAGUUCCUAUGGUUAUUAUUAUUGAAGACCAUGAGUCAUUUGUACAAUGAUGUAAAUAGAAAAAUAUCCUACCACAAUGCUUGAUUUUGUUUGAAAAUCAGUGUGAAAUGUUAAGUUAUACCUUGGUGACAGACUAUGAAGAUUACCAUUAUAGGCCAUUGGAGGCGAUCUAUAAAAUGUUUCUGUUUUUUCGAAGUAUAAUCGGAAACAUACUUGAAGUUUCAAAUGGCUUUUUGAAAACGCUCCGAACCCGGAUUGCGCAGGCCAGUUAAAGCAUACGCGAAGAAUUGCGCAACUUCUUGAAUGGCAAUCUAGGCACUUGAGCAUGGAUGGAUGUCUUCCAUUAAUUCAUUUUAUUGUUAUAUGUUUAUGAAGUACGUCAAAGACGAUAAAGCACAUUCUGCUUUUGUACAUAUUCAAGUAUUAAAUGACUCUCUUCGAACUAGAGAUUCCAUACACACUUUUAACAGUGGGGCCAUCUAUGCAAAACAAUCGUUUUCGUUUGACGAAAACUUAUUUUCAAGCGAUGAGUUUAAUUUGUAUCCAAGUCGCUUAAUAAACUUUUUACCGGAUUGGCUGGGUAGUUUAGUUUGUU